AUGUCUCUUCUCUCUCUACCACCGGAACUGGCUUUUCUCAUUUCAAGCCAUUUGAAUUCGCCAAAAGACCUUCUCAGCUUCCUCCGGACUAGCCAAAAAUUCUACCAUCUCCUGACCAACGAGCUCUACCAAAAUAAUAUCCGCUCUGGUGGUGGAUCAGCCCUUUUGUGGUACGCCAGUCGCGGAGACGAACUGGGAGUGCGGAAUAUGCUACGUGCAGGUGCGAAUGUUAAUCUUCGAUCACCGAAUCGAGCACAGUCGACAGCUCUUCUGGAGGCUGUCAAUAACAAGCAUAUCGGCGUUGUACAAAUCCUGCUAGAGAAUGGGGCUUUGCCAGAUGUGGCCGAUGCCCGAUCUAGAAGACCCUUGGUUUUGGCGACAAAGGGUCCUAGCGACGUGGCGAUCACCAAGUUGCUCUUGGAACACGGUGCCAUGGUCGAUCCCGUUGUGUUUGAUAAGCAUGCUCCAUUACUGGAGGCUGUCCGGUCAAAUCAGGAGUCCAAAGUGGUAUUGCUUUUGAAGCAUGGGGCUGAUAUACACAUCUUGGACCGUCGAACUGGAAUGACCCUCGUGCACAUCGCUGCUUCUAAGAACGCCACCCCCGAAAUUAUAAAGAUUCUCAUAGCCUCUGGUAUUCAAAUGGAGUCCCAAGACAACAUGGGUAGAACGCCACUUCAAAUAGCAGCUGGCCAUUCAUGCACACGUGCUGUACGCCUGCUAUUGCACCUAGGCGCCAACCCGAACUUCAAAAACAUGCAUCAGUAUUGGAAAGGGUGGAGCGCUCUUUUCUACGUUGCAACAAAUCUCAGCAUUCCCGGAAAUGGCAGGAAAAGUAUUAUUCGAGCACUGGUCGUACAUGGGGCUGAGCUCGAUACCAGAAAUCAUGCCCAAAAGACGCCUCUACUCCAUGCCGUCUCUCAGAGCGCCAUAAAACAAUCGCAAGCUCUUGUGGAAUGUGGUGCCAGUAUUAUGGCUAGAGAUGCCCACGGAGAGACUGCCCUCCAUUUAGCUGCUUCGUCAUCGAGUUGGUGUUCCGGUAUGUUGGGCUGGCUUGUCGAUACCGGCGCGGAUGUAAAUUGGUCCGGCGGCAAGCAUGGUGAAACUCCAAUUUUCAAUGCUAUUAGGAAUUUUUAUACCCGACAAGGCAUGGAAUGUAUUCGAAACCUUCUGUCGCUUGGAGCCGAUGUUCACUCUCGAAACAUGGAUGGGCUGACGCCUCUGUCCCUGGCUGUGCACAUGGGAUCUAUUGAGUCAACAAAGGUUCUAUUGGAACAUGGAAGCUGUGCAAAUUCGAGAGACAAGAAUGGCCAAUCACCUCUGCAUUAUGCUGCUGAAGCAAGGAAUGCCCACAAGAUUGUCGAACUUCUCAUUCAAUACGGGGCCAAUGUGAACUCUCGGGAUAUGCUUGGAUUUACGCCACUGCAUAGGAUUGUCGCGAAAGAAGAGACGUGGACAGCAGCGGGCGAAUUGUUAAAGGCCGGGGCUGACCGAUACGCCAUAGCAGAUGAUGGAACGUUCCCUCAUGAGAUGGUUCCUGAUGGCCCUUGGGCAGAAACGAAACGCUCCCUGAUCCGUUUUUAUACGCCGUGA